AUGCCGGACGACCAGAAACUCCCAUCAUGGGACCUCGACGAUGCCAUCAGACUCUUGAAAAGUCUCGCCCUCAAGUACGGCGAUGCUCCAACCAGCCCUGGACCUGUCAAUUACAAGAACAAGGACAAAGCAGGCGACAACACUGGCGGAGGCUCACUCGGUGACUUCUCUAUUGUGUGGGAUUACCUGGGGUGCCCUCACACUGCUGAUGAACAGCAAGCUGCAGAGCUCGUCAAAUAUGAGGUCAACGAUGAAGAGGUGGCGGAAGUCGAUCUGAACCAAAUCAGCAAGGGCGUGCGUUGGCGAGAUGAGGUGGAUGGCGCUGACCUUGAAGACAACGUCGAACCGCCAAAUAAUAAGGCCACUGCCGCGUACAUUCGCAACCAGAAGCGUGCCGCGAGGAGAGCCAGAGCCAGGGGAAGAGCUGAAAAGCUCUCCACCGAGGAGAGGACUGUCUCCGACACCACGGACCUGGAAUCAGGAGAAGAACUCGAGUCGCUACGUCGCUCCCCGGACCGCAGAGCUGUUAUUGACAGUAUUCUCGGCCGCAGCCGACCAGGCUUGCGCGACAACAGUUCCCCUCCAACCUCUCCCUCGCCUCCCAAGGUCGAAAUCAGAACUCCGAAACGGGAUUACCCUGUCUGCAACCGCUUUGUAUGGCCUAUCACGCCUGUCAUUACACCUUCGCCGCACACAGUCAUUGUUCCUCGUGAUGGACUGACCACCAGAACCAGAAAACAAGCUCUGAUUACCCAGUUGAUGCGUCGUCAUCCUGAAGAGCAAACAUAUCUAAGGAAUGUUGGACUACUUGAACCUGCCUUUACUCCACUGAAUACGUCUGACAUUGGCAUCCAUGUCUUCGUUGACAUGUCGAAUAUAUCCAUCGGCUUCCACGAUUGCUUGAAAUUGGCACGUGGUAUGCCGCGUGAGACCCGCCUUAGACGAGUCCCUCUCUCAUUCCACAAUCUUUCUCUCAUCCUCGAACGCGGUCGUCCAUGCGCCAAACGUGCCCUGGUUGGUUCCGACAAAUAUGCGGCAAUCCACCAGGCCACCUCGAUCGGCUAUGAAACCAACAUUCUCGAGCGUGUGCACAAGGCCAAGGAGCUAACGCCGCGUCAGAAGAAAUAUCAGUCCCGGUCUGGGGGUGAGACCAGUGGUUCUGAAACGAACGCAGGUCUCCCCAGGCUGUCGGCUCCGGAGAAGUGGGUCGAACAGGCUGUGGACGAAAUUCUACACCUGAAGAUCCUCGAGUCGAUUGUUGAUUCGGAGAAACCUAGCACCAUUGUUCUCGCCACUGGCGACGCUGCCGAGGCCGAGUACUCGGGCGGGUUUCUGCGGAUGGUCGAACGCGCCUUGGAAAAACAGUGGAAGGUGGAGCUGGUCAGCUUCAGGCUGAAUACCAGUAGCCUGUACAAGAGAAGGGAGUUCCGCAUGAGGUGGGGACACCUAUUUCAAUGUAUCGAGAUGGAUCCGUUUGUCGAGUUUUUGAUCGAUGAGGACGAGACUGAUGGUUAG